UAUACUUUUUUGUUCAGCAAUGGAAUAGGCUAAACUGUAGUUUUUGUUGGCAUUGCAUACUCUUUUUUUAGGUAAUAUGGAUGAGGAAGGAGAAGGGAUUAUGGAUUGUGAUGGUUCCAAUACACAAACACAUGUUGAUAGUAAUCAACAUAAUCAAAAAGAUCAAGAAAAAACCACAAAUCAAUCUCUAGAGCAAGGGAAACGAACUCAUGAAGAUUCUAGAGAAACUGCUGAUGACGACAACGGUCCAGUUAACAAAAAAAGGAAAUCAUCUUCGCCUGCAUGGGAGCAUUUCACAAAGCUGAAAGUGAAUGGUGAAUUAAAGGCCGAGUGCAAUUAUUGCAAGAAACGAUUAGCAGCUGGAAGCUCAAACGGGACACGACAUUUACUUGCUCACAUGGAUACUUGUAAGAAACGAAAAAAUAAAGACAUACGCCAACAAGUGUUGUCAGCGAAUCAGAUAAAGACAUCGGGACAGUCAGAGCUUUCUUGUUAUAAUUUUGAUGCGGAUAAGUCGAGAAAAGAUCUCGCCGAGAUGGUAAUUGUGCAUGAGUAUCCGCUUGUUAUUGUUGAGCAUCGUGGGUUUAGAAAAUUUGUGUGUGGCCUUCAACCUUUUUUUAAGGUUCCAUCUCGAAAUACUCUCAAAAGUAACAUAAUGAAGAUUUUUGAAUAUGAAAAACAAAAGACAAUGAGGAUUUUGGAGAAGAAUACGAGUAGAAUUGCAAUUACCACAGACAUGUGGACAUCAAGCAAUCAAAAAAAAGGUUUUAUGGCGAUCACUGCUCAUUUCGUUGAUGAUAACUGGAAAAUGCAAAGCCGUAUAAUCAGGUUUAUUUAUGUUCCUUGUCCUCAUACUGCUGAAGUUCUCGCUGGUGUUUUGUAUGAGUCCUUGUGUGACUGGAAUAUUGACAGAAAAGUAUCCACAGUAACCGUGGAUAACUGUUCAACAAAUGAUUUGUUGAUUCACUUAUUGCUAGAUAAACUCUCUCUGGGUGAUCUUAUCUUAGGGGGACAGUUAUUUCAGAUGCGUUGUUGUGCACACAUUCUAAAUCUAAUCGUCUAAGAUGGGUUAUCAAUUAUUGCUGGCGGGAUAGAGAGAAUUAGGGAUAGUGUUGGUUUUUGGACAGCAACACCAAAACGACUUGAAUGGUUUGAAGAAGCAGCUCGUCAUUUGGCAAUUCCAUCCUCAAAAAAAUUGUCCCUUGAUUGCAAAACCCGUUGGAAUUCAACAUACUUGAUGUUGAAUGUUGCUAUUAUCUACAAAGAUGUUUUCAAACGCCUUAAACUACGAGAUGCACAAUAUAAUAGUUUGCCAUCAGAGAAGGACUGGGAGUUGGCUUUUACUAUUUGUCAGAAGUUAAAGGUAUUUCAUGAUGUGACCGAGUUGUUUUCUGGAACAAAAUAUCCCACAGCAAAUGUAUUUUUCAAAUCCGUAUAUGAAAUAAAAUUUGCAUUAGACAAGUGGAGUCGAGAUGAAGAAGUAGUGAUCAAGGAGAUGGCCAACAAGAUGAUUGUAAAAUUUGAUAAAUAUUGGUCAGACAUACAUGGGUUUAUGGGUGUAGCGGCCAUUUUAGAUCCCCGUUACAAGCUGAAAAUUAUGAAGUAUUGUUUUCCAAUACUUUAUGGUUCCGAAGGUGCAAAGGCUGAACUUGAGAAACACAAAAAGUUCAUAUAUGAAUUGUUUGAAGACUACAAAGAAAAAGGUUUUGGGAAUGCAAAGAACCACGAUUACGGCACGUCAACUUCAAAUAACGCUAAGAGUGAAAGUGGAUUAUUUGAUGACUAUUUAUCAUAUGUCGAUGAGGAGAAUACAUCAGGUAUGAGUUAUUUUUUUUACCAUAUUUAUUUAUUAUAUUCAUGUGUAGUUGAUAUUAUUCGAUAUAAAAACUUCAUUUAAAUGCUAAAGGAAGUGUUAUAUUGGAGCUUGACCAUUAUCUUGAAGAGAAAGUUUGUCCGCUGAACGUAGAUCUUGAUAUACUAACUUGGUGGAAAACAUAUGGUAUGAAGUAUCCGAUACUACAAAAGAUAGCUCGAGAUGUAUUAGCAAUACCUAUAACAACAGUUGCCUCAGAGUCCUCUUUUAGCACAAGUGGUAGAUUGGUAAGCCCGCAUCGUAGCCGCCUUCAUCCAAGUACACUAGAAGCAUUGAUGUGUGCUCAAAGUUGGUUGUUAAAUGAAAUUAGAGCAACCUGUUCAAAAGAAACCGAUGAAGCAUAUUGUCAAACAAUUGAAUACGACUAUGAUGAUGGUGACGAGGAAAGAGGUUUCAAGGGAUGAGUGAUGAAAUGCUACUUUAGCUUCACUUUUGGAAAGCAAGCAUAUGGCAGUACUUAAAAUAGCUAUCACAAGUGAACUUACCUUUUGACUACAUAUGGCUAUCACAAGUGAAAGUAUCUUUUUGAAUACAUAUUUGGAUAUGAAGACAACUACUAUUUCAUAUGUGGAUAUGUAUUUGGCAACUGCUUAGUGAACAUAUAACAUAUUUUUGAGCAUGUAUAUUCGAAAUGGAAGUACUUAAUCGUUUUGAUUUAAUAUGUGGUAUGAAUAUG